UGGCCUCGGGGCGGAAGGCGCUGCUCUCAGCCAAUGGGGGGGCGAUGGCGGCCGCCAUGGCGAGCGCGGCGGAGCGGGCGGUGCUGGAAGAAGAAUUCAAAUGGCUUUUACAAGAAGAAGUCCAUUCUGUUUUGAAGCAGCUACAGGACAUUUUGAAGGAGGCCUCUCACCGUUUUGCCCUGCCUGCCAGCAGCUCAGGAGGAUCCAUCAAACAGGAGAACUUUGUGCUGAGCACCUCUGGCACUGACCAGGUGAAAGGCAUGUUGAUGCUGCAGGGAGAUGCCCUGUGUCAAGCUGACAUUAAUCUGAAAAUGCCUCGAAAUAAUCAGCUCCUGCACUUUGCAUUUCGGGAGGACAAACAGUGGAAAUUACAGCAGAUCCAGGAUGCUAGAAACCAUGUCAGCCAAGCCAUUUACCUGCUUAUGAACAGAGAUGUAAACUACCAGUUCAAAACAGGCUCGGAGGUUCUUAAGCUGAUGGAUGCUGUGAUGUUGCAGCUCUCCAGAGCCCGCAAUCGGCUCACCACUCCAGCCACUCUGACUCUACCAGAGAUUGCCUCCAGUGGCCUCACAAAAAUGUUCACCCCUGCUCUGCCUCCAGACAUCCUUGUGAAUUUCUACAUCAACCUGAACAAGCUGUGCCUGACUGUCUACCAACUUCACGUGCUGCAGCCCAGCACAACCAAGAACUUCAAGCCUGCUGGAGGGUCCAUCUUACACAACCUUGGAGCAAUGUUUGAGUUUGGCAACCAGCGCUAUGAAGUCAGCCACGUCCAUAAAGUGGAAUGUGUUGUCCCAUGGUUAAAUGAUGCCCUUGUCUUCUUCACAGUUUCACUGCAGCUUUGCCAGCAACUGAAGGACAAGAUCUCUGUUUUCUCCAGUUACUGGAACUACAGGCCAUAUUAAUUCAUCUGUGGAGUGUCCGUGCCCUCGCAGUACUUCCAGUGUCUCCCUGUUUGUUUUCACUGUGCCAGCUGAGUCCCCGUCAGCCUGAGGAGCGCUGGGUUGGCUACCGAGUGGCUCCCUGUAGGGCAGGGUGUGCAUCCAGAUGUCUGCGGAAGCACCAAGCAGUGCUGGGUGGUUGGUGAGAGCUUCCGCCUGUCUUUAUUCUCCCGUGGGUUGUUUGAUUUAUGCUUUCCCAGCCUCUGAGGAAUUCCUGCGGCCCAUUACAGGGGAUGGGGAGCUGUGGAGCACUCUCACUAACUGUGUUUGCACGCAGUGCUGUAACUAACUAACUGCUGGACUGUGUGCUGGCUGGGAAGGGAUGGAGACAGACUGAUCUAACACACUACAAACUGCAGGGCAUGCUGCUCCAAGUAGUGAAAUCUGAUGUGAUCUGGUCCAGCCCUGAGCUGCUCCCUCUCUCAUCUCUUCUGUCCAUGCCCUUGUCAUUGAUUCCCCUUUGGGAAUGUUCUUGCUGCUGUUUGAACUCUUUUUUUUAUUAUUUUCUCCCCUGGCAUCAAUGUGAUUAUAUAUAUUUUUUUUUCCCUAAGACCUAGCUGAGCCAAUUGUUUUUUUCCAGGUUUAGUAUCUUGUUUUCACUGCCAGCCUUUGGAGCUGCCUCAGUAUCUUGAGCACAGCUGUGCAGUCUCACAUCCUGUUGUUAAACCCAAAGUGAGUACCAUGUUGUUAAUACAAUUUACUGCCUACCUAAGGAUGCUACGGUGUGUAACUCGCCCCUCUAGCAAUUAAUAACUGUGAAAUAAAGAUCCUUAGACCUGCUGUGCUC